AUGUCUGCCGCGGCCGUCUCCAGGCAGGCGAGAAAGCCGAGAGCGAGUCGGCGCAGCGGUGAGGGUGAAAGGAGGCGCCCCGGCGCGGAAAGGGGCGCGCGGAGAGCCUCCCGGGUGCGCGAGGAAGGCGCGGAGAGAGCCGCCGGCAGUCAGCGCCCAGGAGCCGCCGGGCAAGCGCCAGCGCAAUUGCUCGCAGAGGGCGGCAGCGCGUCCCCGCACAUCCCGCGGCUCCGAUUCGUCCCCAGGUGGAGGCUCUCCUGCUGUCCCGGCGAAGACAAAAGUCUCCUGGCACUGAGGCGGCAGGAAGAGCCUCGGCCCACUCCUCCAGCGCCCGCCCGGAGCGCGGCCCAGGCUCCCCCGCCUCCCGGUCCUCAGAGGACACGCACUUCCAGCUCCGACCCCGCCCCGCAGCCCCCGGCCCGGUCCGCUGAAUGCAGAGGGGUCGGCUCGUUCUUUUGUGUCAAGGGUACCCACCCACUACUCCCUGGACAGAGUCCUCACCCAGUCCACCACUGUCUCCCAACACCCCCCAACCUGCUGGAACCAAGAAGCCAAAGGAAGGUUGUUAAGGGCAGCGUGCUCCUUACCGAGACUGGCGAGGGGAGGUCAGCUCGUCACGGGGCGCAGCUGGAGCUCACUACUGUGAGUGGCCAAGUUGAAUCUCUCGGUCCAGGAGGAAAUCCCAUGAGCAGGGAAGAUCUGUGGGCUGGUGGAGAAGCGAGUGCCCGGGUUGGGCGCUGGGCGAACGGGGUGCACCCAAGGCAGGCCCCGGCCGUCAGCAAAAUGCCCUGGAGAAGAGCAGGAACCCGGCGGUUGGGGAGGGGGCGUCCCUUCUGGGCGGGGUCUCAGCUGGGGGCGGAGGGCGGAGCGAAGGUAGUCCCUGUGGCGAGGUGA